AUGUAUGGCUUUCCCACCGUAAAGGAAGCCACGCCUCUUUCCUUUCUUUCUUCUUCCUUUCAUUCAUUCAUUUAUUUCCUAUUCUUUUUAAUAUAUAUAUAUUCUUUUAUCUUUUUUAAUUAUUCUACCUUUUUUCAUCUUUCGGUUUUUUCUCCCUCUGCGUUUCCUUUCUUUCUUUCUUUCUUUCUUUCUUUCUUUCUUUCUUUCUUUCUUUCUUUUCCUACUGCUCAUUGUUCUUUCUUUCUUUCCGUUCAGUCCAUUCUUCUAUUUAGUUCUUUCUUUCUUUCUUUCUUUCUUUCUUUCUUUCUUUCUUUCUUUUUUCCUACUGCUCAUUGUUCUUUCUUUCUUUCUUUCUUUCUUUCUUUCUUUCUUUCUUUCUUUCCGUUCAGUCCAUUCUUCUAUUUAGUUUUGUUUUUCAAUUCUUUCUUUCUUUCUUUCUUUCUUUCUUUCUUUCUUUCUUUCUGUCCUUUUGUUUUUCAAUUCUUUCUUUCUUUCUUUCUUUCUUUCUUUCUUUCUUUCUUUCUUUUCCCACUGCUCAUUGUUCUUUCUUUCUUUCUUUCUUUCUUUCUUUCUUUCUUUCUUUCUUUCUUUCCGUUCAGUCCAUUCUUCUAUUUAGUUUUGUUUUUCAAUUCUUUCUUUCUUUCUUUCUUUCUUUCUUUCUUUCUUUUUUCUUUUCUUUCUUUCUUUCUUUUUCCUACUGCUCUCAUUGUUCUUUCUUUCUUUCUUUCUUUCUUUCUUUCUUUCUUUCUUUCUUUCUUUCUUUCUUUCUUUCUUUCUUUCUUUCCUGCUCAUUUUUUCUCCUGA